AUGCCCCGCAGAAAGGCAGAAAGAGGCGACUCGGAUUCCUCCAUGCACGACGCAGGACAGGCCUCGGACCGGGAAGCCAUCGGAUCAGACGGUGAAGCGCAGGCGCUAGCCGCUGACGCAUUCCUUCUGCAGAAAUCGGGGCGUCCCAGGCUUCCGGUGGGAGGAAAGAAGAUCGCCCGCGAGCGCAAGAUCGUCCGCGACACCAACACUACGCUGACCCCCGGCACGGCCAAGCAGAGACUCGCUGCCAUCCUCUACCGGCGCGGAGAUCUGGUCGAGAAUCCGUGUGCGCAGUGUGCCGGCACGGGAGGGACCUUCACGCAGUGCGUCGCCGUGACCGGAUUCCAGCAUAGCGCGUGCAGCAACUGUCUCUGGGCGAACAGGGCCUGCUCGCUGCGCAGCACCGAAAUCCAGUCGAGUGCUGGACUUGGAAGCCAGUACAGCCAUCCACGCAAUCUAACCCCUGUCGAUCUGGACGUACUACGCUCUCUGACCGUUUCCCAGCGAGAUGACGUCGAGGAGGGUGACGAGGAGACCUGCAACUGGGUCUUGGGAUCGGCGGCCUACAGGCGUUGGGCAUCCGGGAAGUCCGGCGUACUCUGGAUCAAAGGCAAGCCAGGAUCCGGAAAGUCGACGCUCAUGUCAUUCCUAGCUCUGGCCGCGCAGGAAGACGGAAAGGUCGUGCUCAAGUUUUUCUUCAAUGACACGGCCUCGGAGCCGCCAUCUACCGCAUCCAACCUGCUCCGCUCGUUGCUCGCACAGCUCUACCACCAGGACGAGGCUGUACGCCCCGAGAUCCGCAAAUUGUUUGUCGAGAAAUAUGGCCUGGUCGGGGGUGAUAAAGACAGCGUGGUUUGGCAACAGGCGGAACUCGAGAGCCUGUUACAACGUGCUGUUGUUGAAGCAGCCCAGAGGCGACCCGUCGCUGUCUUUGCGGAUGCACUGGACCAGGCGGGGGCGCGGACAGGUACCGAGCUCGCCUGCUACUUUGACAAGAUCAUUGAUGCUCUCCCCUCCAACAACCUUAGCUGCAAGAUCUUAGACGAGUGCAAUGGCGACAGCAUCGAGGCAUUCGUUCGCGAGGCCCUCUUGAAGCACGAUCUAGUCCCCGAUCAGCCGGUGGAGGUCAAGGAGGCGUGGAAGAACCUUACACAGCAGCUGAUUUCGUCCGCAAAGGGGAUUUUCCAAUGGCUGCUCCGACAGGUCCCUCAAGAGCUACAGGCCAAGUAUCGACGGAUCAUCGAAACCACGAUUGAGCACCCGGAUUGCGAAGACGCCUAUCUGUUGUUUCAAUGGGUUUGCUUUGCACAACACCCUCUCACCGUGGCUGCGCUGCCUUCUGCGAUGGCGAUCCAGGCUAUCAUUCCUAAGAAGUUUGGGGCCGUUUGGCGGCAUACACGCCACCUCUUCGCCAGUGAAGCGGAGACCAAGAGGCGGAUCAUCCGCUUGUCUGGAGGCCUGCUCGAGACUGGACCGGCGCCCUAUGGAACCGGAGAGUGCCCCCAAUUCAUCCACCCAUCUGCCAAAGAAUUCUUCCUUGAACGAGGUCUCUGCCUGCUCUUCGGCCGCGUGCCCCUCUGGAACCGGCUGGCGCUAUUCAAAGACCUCGAGGAGGAUCAAGAUUUCGAUACCCACAACCUGGUUUGCCACGCCAUGCUCUAUCGUGCAUGCUUGCAUUGGCUUUACGGUUCCCCAUACCUGCAAUAUCUCCCCGCGGAUCCACAGGACGCAGAGGUCGAGGAUCUCUUCAAGCGCUCGCCCUUCUCAGAGUAUGCCGCACAGAGCAUCUUCCUCCAUGCUAAACAUGCAGGGGACCGCAGAGCCGCGUCGAUUUUUCUGCACCGGGAGCUCGCCGCGCUCCAACAGAUCUUCCCCAAAUGGAGGCGGUUGUUCGCCGUGGCCAAUCGCGUAGUAUCUGGGCAGGGGCUCUCGAUUUCCCCCUGGUCACUCUUAUCCGCCGCGUGCAGCGCCAACAUGGCAGACCUCGUCGUCCACAUUUAUGAAAUGGGUCAGAAUCUCGGUCCCCCCGACGCUUUGGGCAACAACACGCCACUCCACGUUGCGGCUGGGAAAGGGCAUGUGGAAACUGCAAGAGCUCUGUGGAAUUACGGUGCCCACUGGCAGUCCAAAAACAGCUCUGGCGACACCCCCUUCACAGUGGCAGCCUUGCGCGGUGAGCUCAAGUUUAUCGAAUGGGCAGCGGCGGAGUGCCAUGGCGAGCUGACCUCGAACGAUUUGAAUACCGGGCUGGUCAAGGCCGCAGCAGCGGGGCACGGAGGCGUUGUUGAAGCCCUCCUCAGGCUGGGAGCGGAUCCCAACCAUUGCCAUUCGAGCCUAGGUACCCCGCUGGCUGCCGCAAUGCGCGCGACGCGUGAUAAGAACAUGCUGAGAAUGCUUCUGCAUGCAGGCGCGGAUGGGGAGGCGCAGCUCCGAUUAGCAGAGGAAGGAGACCAGGAUACCCAGCUUCUGUCCGAGGUCAUCGCCGAGGGCGGCUUUGUAGCCAGGGUGGGGCCACCCCCUAGCAGGAUCAAGCGCAGUAGCCCCUCUGCUGCUGACGACGAGACCGACACCCGAAAGCGCAGCCGCGGUUCCCGUACCGUUUUUGACGAUCACGGACCCGGCGGCAACAUUGAGCCGAAGAACGAUGACUUUCGCAUUGGCAACAUGAAGUUCGCCAACCAUGGAACUGUGGGUAUUCAAUCUGCGGGGACCCCUGACAUGCAGGGCACCACAUUCUACCUGGAUUGUCAAUCGCCAGAGCCUCCGGCCCCGGGGAGCAGGGUAUUCAGAGUGGGGAGCUACUCUCAAGGACCCCAAGACUCUCAGGGCAGGACAUCCAACGUGGGAACCCAGUCUCUAGGAUCCGAAGACUUGCGAGGCGCAACCUUCUACGUGGGCUGUGGGCCUGAACGAAGUACCCCUGCUGCUGCUGCUACUGCUGCUCCCGCUGCCGGCGACGACAGAGGAACACAAAGGCGCCGCCGCCGUGGCCGUGCCAUUUUCCGCAAUCAUGGUACAGUUAUUGGCAACGCGAGCCACCCGACCUGGGGGACCGUGCGAGAACCUGCGGAUGGUGACGAGGGCGAGGAUGAUGGCGAUGACGAUGACAAUGACGACGGGGAGAGUGCGGUCUUCGAGAAUUAUGGCGGCAGUGUCGGUACUCAAGCAAUAACCAGAACAUCACGGGCGGCGUCUACAUCCUCAUGA